AUGGUCAGCAUGACCAAAAAAGAGCUACAGUUGAAUGGCGCCUUUCUCAUGACCACACUGGGAGAUCGCAUGUGGACGUUCGUCAUCGGACUUUUCAUGCACCAACUUGGAGGCAUGACGUGGGUAGCCGUUCAACAGCUCGUUGAUUCAGUACUGAAGCUCAGUGUGAUCACUGUUCUGGGACACUACCUCGAUAGAGUCAAUCGUGACAAGAUUAUCCAAACAACCCUCCUGAUAAACAAUGCCGCCGUCGCAGGUUCUGCUCUGAUUUUCGCCUGCUUGUUUGCCUACCAGCCUGACACUGGAGCCACCGUGUUUCUUCUCGCUGCAGCAGCGAUUGCAUCGGUUUCAAAAGUGGCAAGUGAAUUGCAAAGAAUUUGCUUCACAAAAGACUGGGUUGUUGUCAUUGCGAGAUCUGAGCAAAUCGAGUUAUCCAGAGUCAAUUCGUAUCUGUUGUGUAUCGAUCAAGUGUCUUCAGCAAUUCUGCCAACCAUUUCCGGGAAACUACUUGAUAGUUUCCCUUGGUCCUUUGUGUGUAUCUUCAUCAUCUGCUACAACUUUGUUUCUUGGGCUGUCGAAUCUUACAUACUGAGUCAGCUAUACAAAGAAACCGAAGCACUCAGAACUCGAGCCAUCGAAAAUGCUGCAAAUGAGGAACUUGCCGGAUUACAAAUUGAGAGAGGAUCGAUAGGUAUGUACUUCAAGCAGACGAGCUGGAUGGCAGGAUUUGGACUCGCACUGUUAUAUAUGACAGUUCUCGGAUUUGAUAAUCUCGCCGCGUCGUACGGUCAGAAGCACGGCCUUUCGGCCGCUUACAUCGGCUUCCUCCGAGGCUUUGGAUCACUCCUGGGAAUUCUCGGAGCAUUCAGUUUCCAAUUUGUCGCCAGGCGAAUUGGUCUUCUCUGGACAGUUAUGGUUGGGCUUCUCUGGCAAAACUUCUUCAUCAACAUGUGUGGUGUUUCCGUACUUCUACCCGGAAGUUCGAUGAACAUCAGCGGAUUUUUCUCGGAAAUGACAGUCUCGGAGUGGUUCUCCCAAGUCAUUCAAAAAGUCGCCAACCCCGAAUCCCAAGAUGUUCCAAGUGUUCCGUUCUACGAUGUCACCAUCUCUGUCAAUUUGUUCUUUAUGGGAAUAAGUUUGGCCCGUUUCGGUUUGUGGCUCGCCGAUCCAGCCAUUACUCAAAUUCAACAGGAGACUAUUCCGGAGAAUCAACGCUACAUGGUGUUCGCGGUUCAAACGGGUCUCUGUGAACUUUUCUCCAUUCUCAAAGAUAUCAUCGUCAUCUUCUUCCCGUUCACUUCUCUAUUUGGAGCUCUUACGUUGGGAUCAUGCGUCUUCGUCUUCGCUGGAUUCUUGUUUAAUCUAUUCUAUCACGCACAGUGUGGAUUCUCAUUGACGGACAAAAACAGACAUCUCCACGAACUGCAAGCGCCAGAUAUUCCCCUCGAAACCAUCCCGGAACGUCAAUCACUUAUUGGAGCCGAAAAUGGACAUGUGGUCGAGGAAUUACCCACCAAGAACGGAACUUCGAGUAUUGUGGAGAACGGACAUCCGAAAGAAAACGGAAAACCUUCCAAUACCGUCGAAAAUGGACAUGUGGUCGAGGAAUUGCUAACCAAGAACGGAACUUCGAGUAUUGUGGAGAACGGACAUCCGAAAGAAAACGGAGAACUGACUUCUGAAACGUCCCCCGAUAAGAUUUCCCAAGAAGAGCAGACUUCUUCUAAUGCAGAAUAA